AUGGUGGUCGAUACAGCCUACUACGAUGCCCUCGGCGUGAAGCCCGACGCUUCCGAACUCGAAAUCAAGAAAGCCUACCGCAAGCUCGCCAUCACCACUCACCCGGAUAAAAAUCCUGGCGAUGAGCAGGCCCACGAAAAGUUUCAAGCCAUUGGCGAGGCGUACCAGAUCCUUUCUAACAAAGAGCUACGCUCCCAGUAUGACAAGUUUGGCAAAGAGAAGGCCAUGCCGAACGCCGGCUUCGAGGAUCCAUCCGAGUUCUUCUCCAUGAUCUUUGGUGGCGACGCUUUCGUUGACUACAUUGGCGAACUCACGCUUAUGAAGGAUCUUACCCAUACCAUGGAGGUCACUCAGGAAGAGGCGCAAGAAGCGGAGCUCGCCCAGCAAGCGGAGGAGAAGCUGAAUGUACACGAUGAGGCCCAGAAGACUGCGGCCGCCGAAUCAGUCGGUGCAAAGGCUAAAGAGGCUGCCGCUGACUCCCAGCCCUCAACUUCUGCACCCCCGCCCCCAUACGCUGCCGAUGCUACUCCUGCCGAUAUCCCUGCUGCUUCACACUCGCCCGCUCCGCAAGCCGCUUCCGGUACCUCCACACCGCGCAGACAGUGGGGUCAGCAGGCUCUUAUGGACAAGUCUGAAGAGGAUGCUCGUAUGGAAGCCGCUGGUCUGACCGAGGAGGAAAAGGAACUGCAGAAAAAGAAGAAGCGUGGUGGCUUGACUAAAGAACAGCGCGAAAAGCUCGAAGCCUAUGAAGCCGAGCGACGGAAGAAGCGGGAGGAACGUGUUGAUACGCUCUCCAAGAAGCUUAUUGACCGCAUCAGCGUUUGGACCGAGACCGACAAGGGCGCAGAGGUCACAGCAGCUUUCCAGGAGAAGACUAGGCUGGAAGUUGAGAACAUGAAGAUGGAGAGCUUUGGCCUCGAGAUCCUACACGCCAUCGGCACCACGUACCUUCAAAAGGCCACAUCGUUCCUCAAGUCGCAAAAAUUCCUUGGCAUCUCUGGCUUCUUCUCUCGCCUCAAGGAUAAGGGCACACUCGCCAAAGAAACCUGGACUACGAUCUCCACCGCCAUUGACGCGCAGCUUACCAUGGAGGAGAUGGCCAAGCUCGAAGAAGCCGGCGGUGCGGAUUGGACGGACGAGAAGAAGGCCGAGUACGAGCGCAAGGUCACUGGCAAGAUUCUUGCAGCAGCAUGGCGCGGCAGCAAGUUUGAGAUCCAAGGCGUGCUCCGUGACGUCUGCGACAAGAUACUGAACGAUAAGACUGUGAAGCUAGAAAAGAGGGUAGAAAGAGCGCACGCAUUGGUGCUGUGCGGUACGAUCUUUCAAAAGGCCGAGCGAGACCCCGAAGAAGAAGGCGAUUACAUGGCUUUUGAGCAGCUUAUGGCUGAAUCUAUGAGAAAGCAGGACAAGAAGGGAAAGCAAAAAGAGGAGACUACGAAAGCUGAGAAGGCCGAGAAAGAAAAGCACGGCUUCUUCCACCACCACGACCAGAAGACCGCCCCUCCGUCCUAG